ACGUGAUGUGCUUGUGUGUUUUUCUGCUCUGCUCUGGACUUCACUUCACAACAGGCUGUGUAGUGGUGUCAUCAAGUUUUGUCACCUGUUCUCCAGGAGAGUCUGUGCUGCUGCCCUGCAGUGAUAUAAACUCAGGUCACACUGAAGUCCAGUGGUGGAUUUAUGAUUCUCAGACGUACACUCCUCAAUACUCAGUGUUUCCAGUGGACGCGAUUAAGGGUCAGCGAUACAAAGACAGAGUUCAGAUUCACAGGAAUCUCUCGCUGUCCAUCACUCGACUCACUGUAGACGACACAGGAUCGUAUCGCUGUAAAACAACAGAGACUGAAGAAAUAAGCAUGGUUCAUCUACUUAUUGAAGGUUGUUCUAUAUCAGAGAAUGAAGGAUCAGUGGAGAUCAGCACAUAUUCAGGGGAAUCUGUGUUUCUGUCCUGUUUGGUCAAAUGUAGUGCUCGUCAUAAACCAGAUUCAGAGUUCAGAUGGGAAUUACCAAACUACAGAGAAAUAAACCCCACUGUACUCCACCGACUCGAUCAGGGCAGAUUUCACAUGUUUGAUAGAAGUUCAGGAAACCUCUCUCUGCUGAUUUCUGACCUGACUGAGGAAGAUGAAGGACUGUAUUCCUGCUGGAGAAAUGAGAAUCAACACAAGAGCUUCAGACUCACUGUUAAAG